GAGGGUCGGAGCACGUUGCUAGUGGGCGCGGCUGGCCUGGGCGGCGGAGGCCUAGUGUUCGCCUGGGUCGUGCGACACCUCACCCUGCCUGCCCGCGCUUGGCCGGGUCGCCUUGCCAAGCCAGCUUCUUCCGGCCGGUGCGGCGGGAUUCCGUGGAUCAGCCCCCCGCCCGCGCGCGCGCGCCCAUAUCCUGAGAGUCUCUGUAGAAGCUGAAAUUCAUCACCAUCCUUCAGAAUGCAAUGGAAUGUACCACGGACUUUGUCUCAGCUGGCACUCAGGACAUUCUUGGAACCUCAGAAAGCCAGGCUCUUGGAACACCACUGGAGCAGAAAAGGACCAUUUCUUGGGCGUAGAGGUGAAUGCAGAGUGGUUUGGACACCGCAUCUUCGGAAGCAGUGGCUCCAUUUACCUGCUGUUCAGUGCCUUGCAAAGCAAAUGAAUCUAUUAGAUGCUCAGCCACCUCAGCUGGGAGUCCUUCGUCAGGAACGGUGGGAGCAGGAUAUUUUAUCCAAGAGGGUUUUUUCUUCCAGUGCCACAUCCCGAAACACUCCAUCGGAAAAAAAAGAAGAGCCAGAUCCUUUACAAGACAAGUCUAUUAGUCUUUAUCAGAGAUUUAAGAAAACAUUUAGACAAUAUGGGAAAGUCCUAAUUCCUGUGCAUCUAAUAACUUCUGGUAUUUGGUUUGGAACAUUUUACUAUGCAGCUAUAAAAGGAGUAAAUGUCAUCCCUUUCCUAGAGCUCAUUGGAUUGCCUGACAGUGUAGUAGACAUCCUGAAAAACUCCCAAAGUGGAAAUGCCCUGACAGCAUAUGCCAUGUUUAAGAUUGCAACACCUGCCCGCUACACUGUGACCUUGGGAGGAACAUCCUUUACUGUGAAGUAUUUGCGAAGUCAUGGCUACAUGUCAACCCCACCACCUGUCAAGGAGUAUUUGCAGGACAGAAUGGAAGAGACUAAGGAGCUCAUCACAGAGAAAAUGGAGGAGACAAAGGAUAGACUUACUGAAAAAUUACAAGAAACCAAAGAAAAAGUUUCUUUUAAGAAAAAAGUAGAAUAAGGGUGCCUUAUGUAAGAUGUUACAGAAAACCCCAUACUUUAACCCUCUGGAGACCUGGGCAAAGAACAUGUUCUGGUUUUUGUUU